AUGUCGACACUACCUAUCCUCUUUCCCACUCCCCCGGCACUACCAUUUCGAGGGCUUCCACUCCCCAGAACUCAAAUUAAGAGCCCCAAAAGUGAUAACUGCUUCAAGGUCUCCUUGAAGAAUUUGAAAAGCAGCGCCCAGCUCCCUACCCUCCAUUCCCAUCUUCUCAAAACCGGCCUUCUCUCUGACAUCUACACCGCCAACACUCUCAUUCACAGAUAUUCAGAGUCUGGAUGUAUCUCUCAGGCAGAGCAGUUGUUCAACGAAAUGCCUCAGAGGAACCUUGUGUCGUGGACCUCUUUAAUUUCUGGCUAUACUCGGUCUGGGAAGUCCUGCGAAGCUCUUCGAAUCUUCACGGACAUGUUGGACUCGGGGUUUUGUCCGAAUGAGUUCGCUUUUGGCAGUGCCCUUCGAGCUUGCGCAGAGUCUGGGUACGUGAGUUUUGGAAAGCAGCUACAUGGGUUGAUUGUGAAGACUGGGUUCGCCCAAAACGAAUUCGUUGACAGUGGAUUGAUCGUCAUGUACUCAAAAAGUGGGAAUUUGGAUACUGCAAAUGGCAUACUAGUGAGGAUGCAAGAGAAAGAUGCAUUCUCAUGGACUGCUAUGGUGGUUGGCUACACAAACAGGGGUUAUUGUUUCCAGGCAAUUACUCUCUUUGUUCGUAUGGUGGAGGAGAAUGUUUGGCCUAGUGAGUACACUUUUACUAGCGUUCUAAAGGCUUGUUCUUCCUCGGAGAGUAUUGAAGAGGGGGUCCAAGUUCACUGUUAUGCUAUAAAAACUGGAUUCGAACAGGAUUUAUCUGUUAGAGUUUCACUUGUAGACCUGUACACCAAGGUUGGGGACUUACCCAGCGCUCAAUUAAUCUACGACCGGUCUCCUGUUCUUGAUGUCAUCUUGUGUACAGCCAUGAUUGGUGGGUUUGCUCAUAACAAGAGACCCGAGUUGGCUAUUGAGCUGUUUCUGCAAAUGCUUGAAGAAUUUGAAAUCGUCCCCAAUGAAUUUACCUUUGUAAAUGUGAUAUCUGCCUGUGUGGGUAUCCAUGAACCACGUUUAGGAGCUUGUCUUCAUGCUCUGCUCACAAAAACCGGGCAUCGAAGAGUAGUUCAAGUCGAGGGUGCGCUCAUUGAUAUGUAUGCUAAAAAUGGCGAUAUCACAUCUGCUUGCAGGGUCUAUGAUAACAUGGUAGAGAAGGAUGCAAUGUCAUGCUCUUCAAUACUUGCUGGCUUAUCUUCUAAUGGGCGUGAUCAAGAGGCUCUCAAGUUCUACUCCACCCUCCAUCAGUCACAUCUGAAGCCAGAUCCUUUUGSAUUGGCCAGUGUCACAGAAUUAUGUGCCAAGCUUGCAGAUCAGAUCCGGGGAAGACAAAUUCACGCCCAAGUGAUCAAACAUGGGCAUGAGAACGAUACAUGUAUAGCCAGUGCUCUGAUGGACAUGUACUCCAAGAGUGGGACGAUUGAGGAUGCUCAAUUUGUGUUUGAUAAUCUAUCACAACGGGACAGGAUUGCUUGGACUGCCAUGAUUGAUGGUUAUGCUGAACAUGGGCAAGGACUAAAAGCCCUGGAAUCAUUCGAGAGGAUGAAAGAAGAGGGCAUUAUUCCAAAUGAGGUGACCUAUGUGAGCAUCCUCUAUGCUUGCAGCCAUGCAGGAUUAGUUGCAGAAGGGCUCCAUUACUUCCAUCUGAUGUCCUUGGACCAUGGGAUAGAGCCAGUCAUCCAUCACUAUGCGUGCAUGGUCGACCUCUUGGGCCGCGCUGGUCGAUUAGAAGAUGCAUUAGGGUUCAUAAAUUCCAUGCCAAUAGAGCCCAGUGCCCUGGUGUGGAGAGCAUUCUUGGGUGCAUGUAGACUCCACAGAAAUCUGAAAAUGGGUAUCCAUGCCUCGGAGCGCCUUCUUGAGCUGGACCCAGAUGAUGAUUCAGCAUAUGUGCUCCUAGCAAACAUGUACGCAGAAGCAGGCCAAUGGACUGAAUCGCAUAGAGUAAGGAAAUUGAUGAGCAUGAGGGGAGUAACAAAAGUUCCAGGACUUAGUUGGAUUGAAGUUAAAAAUUGUUUCCAUGUCUUUGGAGCUGGAGAUUCAAUUCAUCCUCAGAAGGAGCUCAUAUAUAGGACACUGGAUGAUUUGAAUCCUGAGAUGAAGGCAGCUGGUUAUGUGCCUAAGAUAGGAUCUUCAACCUUACAAGAUGUAGAUGGGGAAGAGGACAGAUUAGCCUGUUACCACAGUGAGAAAUUAGCAGUUGCUUUUGGGUUAAUGAGCACCCCAAAUGGGUUCCCAAUUCGAAUAUUUAAAAACCUCAGAGUGUGUGGAGAUUGCCACAGUGCAAUUAAAAUAAUUUCUUUGAUAAGAAAUAGAGCCAUUACAGUGAGAGAUACUAGUAGAUUCCAUCACUUCAGGGAUGGCAAGUGUUCUUGUGGAGAUUAUUGGUGA